AUGGAUCAACCCAGCACCGCGUACAGGAGUAAAGCAGGAGUGGAGCCGCUGCUUUAUUCUGCUGGGAAGGCUCCACCAGCAGAUCAGGGACACAGGGCUGACCCCCCAGUGAAAACUUCCCGGAGCGGGCCGGAGGAGGAGAGCAAGGCGAGGAGACGUCCCAGGCCGGUGCGGUCCAAAGCCCGGAGGAUUGCGGCCAAUGUGCGGGAGAGGAAGCGCAUCCUGGAUUACAACCAGGCUUUCAACGCUCUGCGCCUGAGCCUGCGCCAUGACCUGAACGGCAAGCGCCUGUCCAAGAUCGCCACCCUCAGGAGGGCCAUCCACAAGAUCUCCAGCCUUUCCCUCUUCCUGCUGUCCUCUCCAGCCCAGCGCUGGCCGUGUGACCACAGCGAGUGCCGGCGGCUACCCCGCUUCCCCGCAGAGACUCCUUACGCUGGAGGUGAGCCCCGCCAGCUCCCCUCCUCGUCUCCGCCUCACUACCCCCCCAGGGCACCGGCAAGUCCCUUCUACUUCCAGCAGCCUCCGAGUGACGGGCCCAGGGAACAGGGCACCGUGCCCAGCCCGCAGUGUUACUCAGCUACCGGCACCUACCAGUUUGGAGUGAGGACAACUUGCCACCAAAAUCACCUGGAAACCUUUGUAGACUCCUCUCCGGUCCCACUGACUUGGCAAUUCAAUUAUUUCCCAGGAACAAGUUACCAGCAGACACUCCCAAUGCACUGAGCAGAUGCUGAUGUGGCUGUCUGUGUGCUUUUUUUUUAAAAAGUCGACAAUCCACUGACAACAUGACUGAAGCCUCCAGUUUGUAACCCAGACAAAUGGGCACAACAUACAUACAGCAAAACCAUGCUGCCAUACAAAAUGUGUUGG